AGUUUGGACACCCCUGGUUUAGGCUAAACUCUGGCGCCAUCUAGUGAACACCUUGAAGAACUCAUUUUUUAAUCGCCACAUAACUUCUAGGCAUAUUGCAUAUAACUUGAUUAACCACUAGAUGGCGUUGCGAUGUUGAAAAUAACUGCUAUUAAACAGACUGUUUUAAAAAAACAGCCAGUCUUUUAGGGCAACUAGGAAGUUACAGUCAGUGAACGUUUGUUCUUGUAAUAAAUUGUGCCAUCAUGUGGAGUUUCGUCAUUUCAGCUUAGCUGGGUAAAAGAGGAAUCCAUAACACUCACACAGUCUUUUUAUAUUCAUGUGUGUGACGUUCAGUUAUUAAAUCAUCAUAGGCCACCCAGAUGGACAAUCCAAUUUUAAAUAUUAAAUAUGUUUUGGAACAUGGUUGCCAAACCAAGGUGGUCUGCAAGCUUCCCAUUUGUAGUGUACUUCAUGACUAUAUUUCCUAACACAGUUAAGUGCACUUUUGUAAUUACAAAUACAUGACAAUGACAUACACAUUUCAAUAGAAAUGGCAGAAAAGUACCUAUAUUUUCGUUUACCAUGAAUGCGUGUCAGUACAUUAAAGCUGCUUUUACCCUUGCAAGGGUACGCAGUUAUGUCAAAUUACCCAAGUAAAUAUCAAUACAUAUUAAAUGUUUAAAAGUCUUAAGAAGGUCUAUUUCCAGUUGUUUGAGGUGAAUUGAAAUGUUAUUUGAACGCACAAUAACGAUAUCUAAAAGGGCAUCAAGAUCUCGUGCUACCUCGGACUGUUCGUACCUAAAAUGUUUACUUUUAUGUAAUUUUGAAUGUCCUUUCCAAGUAGCCCAGAAGGGCGGAACAAACAUGAAGGCAAGGAGAAAAACACGCAGGCUGUGUUUCAAAACGUACUGAGCCGCCUAAAGUAGACAGCAUUUUUAGCACCGAGGGCGUGCUAAGAAUCCGUUCAGCUAAAUGAACUAAACCGCUCUCGAAUAUGCUGUCUAGAAUUUUGAAGUCAAUUCAAAAAGCGCUACGAAUGCUGUCUAGUUAGGCGACUCGCUAUGUUUUGGCACACCGUCUUGUUCUCAUGAAUCCCCAUUGGUCAGACUAAAGCUCCUGCUGCCACAAUACUGCACACACGUGACCCAGCUUUUCUGUACACACACACACAGUAAAACACAGCAGGCACUUAAAAGCCAACGCAUGGCGCUUUGACCACCAAUUUCACCCUAUAUCCAAACAAUCACUAUGAACCCUCUCCGUUGACAAACACGCACUAUCCCACGGCUAAUGGCGAGCGCGCUGCAGAUGAAGCCCUCCAGUCUGGAGCACACACGGAAGCGCGUAAUAGAUCCACGACGGAGACAAGCUGCACUCUCAUUCCUCAGCAACAUCUCUCUGGACGGACGACCCGUGCAGGAUGACGGGGAGAAUCAGACCGAGGACGAGGACAGCUCCAGGACUAGACAAAGCCUGGUUUCUGCAGUGGGCCAGCAGGCAUUGGCCGCAGCAGCGAACCAGGCUCUCAGCAGUGCCCGAGCUGCUGGUUUCUUGGCUGGUAUCACGGGUCCCAGCGCGGCCGCCAACGCCACCGCGGCUGCUGCUGCUGCUCCUCCUCCAGCGUACGGAGCGGAUGCGGAGGGUGAUGUGUGCGGCUCUCAGGUGCUCCAGUCCGUGUUCAGCUCCCCCUUUUCAGCAGUUCCGCCGGCUACGAGAGGGAGACUUCAGACGUACACUCAGGGAAUCCUGCCUGUGUCCUACUCCAGGCAGUCCAGCCAGAACUACUGCUGUCUGGAGGGAGGGCAGAUAGCCAACUCUGCCCUGGAACUGCAGAGAUCCAGGCGGAGACUAAUAUCCCAGCGUUCCUCACUGGAGACUCUGGAGGAUAUUGAGGAGAACGCCCCUCUACGCAGAUGCCGAACUUUAUCUGGUUCACCCCGACCAAAGAGUUUCAAGAAGGUCCAUUUCAUCAAAAACAUAAGACAACAUGAUAUGCGCAAUGGAAGGAUAGUCCUUCUCAGUGGCAGAAGAUCCUUCUAUAGUGUUUUUUCUGUCCUGCCCUAUCGAGAUUGUAGCCAAACAGGGGAUGUGAAGGCAGAAAGCGGACGCCAGCGACACCCCUCGGGUGGCAUGAGUGCCAAGGAGAUGGUGAUCGGCCUGGAGGGUGUUGAAUUGGGUGCAGAUGGCAAGACAGUGUCAUACACACAGUUCCUGUAUCCAACCAAUGCACUGGGUCGUCGAAACACCAUCGACUCCACGUCGUCUUUCUCUCAGUCUCGCAAUGCCAGCCACCGGAGCCUCAGCCUGGCACGUGCCAACAGUAACCAGAGUAGCCUUGAUACCGGGAAUGAACUAGGAGAUUUCAGGGAGUACGACCCCAAUCUUCUGGAUGACCCGCAAUGGCCAUGUGGAAAGCACAAAAGAGUACUUAUCUUUCCUUCAUACAUGACCACAGUCAUCGAGUAUGUCAAACCUUCUGAUCUCAAGAAGGACAUGAAUGAGACUUUCAAGGAGAAGUUUCCUCACAUUCGUCUAACACUGAGCAAGAUCAGAAGCCUGAAGAGAGAGAUCCGUAAACUAGCUCACGAGGAGUGUGGCUACGAGGAGUCCACGGUGGCCAUGGCCUUCGUUUACUUUGAGAAGCUGGUGCUCCAGGGUAAACUCAACAAACAGAACCGCAAACUCUGCACGGGGGCCUGCGUCCUCCUCGCAGCCAAGAUCGGAGGAGACUUAAAGAAACACGAGGUCAAGCUUCUGAUUGAUAAACUGGAGGAGAGGUUUAGGGUGAACCGUCGAGAGCUGAUAGCCUUUGAGUUCCCCGUUCUCGUGGCUCUAGAGUUCAACCUGCAUCUUCCAGAGCAUGAAGUCAUGCCCCAUUAUAGACGCCUUCUGCAAAACUCCUAGCGACAGCCCCAUCAGGGGAGAGUCCUCCUUCUCUCCUGAUCUUCUCAUCCCAGAAACCCCCUAUGCACAUCGCCAACGUCCACUAUCAUCUCCAGAUGUUGGAAUAAAGACACUUUUCCACUGUUCUCUUUUCAGCCAAAGUGACAACUCUAUAUUGAAAGUUUGUUUCCGCUCCAAGAAGCUACUUUCUAAAGGGAAUACCUUUUCCUGGACUGUUGAUUUCUCAGUUUACUGAGGACAUUUUAAAGUGUUCAUUUGUUUCCCACUUACAGGGUUGUAAGUGUAAAAGUGUCAAGUGUUAAAAGGACUAGCAAAAAUUCUGUCAUCAUUUGCUCACCCCCAUCAUUCUCAAUUUGUAUGCUGUUAUUUUUUUCCGUGAAACACAAAAAGAAAACUUUUGAAGAAUCUUCCUGUUGUUCUUUUCCAUACAUUGACAGUUUUUAGUGACAAUGGCAGUCAAGCUCCAAAAACACACCAUAAAAUACUUCUGAAGCCAUACAACAACUUUUUGUGAAGAGAAUCAUUUCUAUAAUUUCUCAAGGAUGGUUCACCCAACAAUUA